ACACUAGCUCAAACGAAACUCAAACUCGGCAAGAGCAAUAGUUCAAAGAACUUCAUAUUUAUUGGAGAAGAUGAGCGUACUGGCGAAGAUUUCUGUUCUUAUUUUAAGCUGCAUAUACUUUGCAAAUUUGGUUGAGAGUAAAGCAAACCCCUCUCAAGUUGUGAGUUAUCUUGAACAAUUUGGUUAUCUAAAAGCAAUUGACCCGACCAAAGGAGAAUUACGAUCCCACGACCAACUAGUCCUAGCUGUCAAGAAAUUACAACGAAUGGGGGGCAUAAAAGAGACUGGCAAACUUGACGAUCCUGAUCUACUGAAACUCCUUGAAACACCUCGUUGUCAAAUGCCUGACUUUGGGCCCUCAGACAACGCAAAAAGAAAGCGACGAUACGCUUUACAAGGAUCUUACUGGAGAAAGAAGGAUUUGACUUACAAAAUCCUCAACUACAGCCCUGAUUUGACAAAACAACAAAUCGACCAAGCCAUCAAAGAGGCGUUCAACGAAUGGGCCAAAGUGUCAACGCUGACGUUUACAAGAGUUACGGAGGAAAGCGCCAAAGCUGAUAUCAAUGUGAAGUUUGUCACGGGUGCACAUGAUGAUGGCUACCCAUUCGAUGGACCCGGUGGUACMCUCGCUCACGCUUUUUACCCCCAAGAUAACUCACAAGAAAUAUACGGUGACGCCCAUUUUGAUGAYCACGAGUUAUUCACCCUCAAAACACACUCAGGCAUCGACCUGUUCUGGGUWGCUGUACACGAGUUUGGACAUAGCCUGGGACUAGAUCACUCAUAUGAGCUCGAUGCGAUCAUGUACCCCUACUACAGAGGGUAUACCCCCAACUUUAAAUUGCAUUGGGAUGACGUCAAUGGCAUUCAAAAACUCUACGGACGUCCCACGGCUCCAGGUAAGACAACCACGCCYGUUCCAGAACCAGCCACACCCACUCCCCACACACAGACCGAAGCACCAGGCAUUCCUGACAAGUGCUCAUCAUCAUUGGAYGCCAUUGUUAUGUCAUCGAACGGAUACACUUACGCAUUCAAGGGCCAGUAUUUCUGGCCUAUAGGAUCGGACUUUGGUGCAUGGACCAGCGCGCUUAAGAUUAAAGAUUACUGGCCUUCUAUACUAGAAGAUAACAUUGAUGCUGCAUUUUACAAUCGCUCCAAUAAAGUCACUUAUAUCAUCAAAGGAGACAAAUUUUGGAUGUUCGAUGAUCGAACUGCCUUAAGAAGUCAAGCUCUACCAAUCACCGAUCCCAUACUAAACCUUAACAAAGAACUGGCCAGUCCAGAUGCUGCUUUUCAAUGGAAUAGAAAUGGCAAGGUUUACUUCUUCAAAGGAGACCAGUACUGGCGCUAUGACAUUCAGCAGAGAAAGCUAGACCUCGAUUACCCUAGAAAAAUUGCUGACGGCUGGAGAGGYGCWAUCCCUGAUAACAUUGAUGCCGCGAUCCAAUGGGAAAACAAGAAAAGCUAUUUCUUCAAGGGCMCUACAUAUACAGCCAUUGAUGACUACACAUUGAAAGCACCCGAGGUUCCUAAAGGAGAAACCCCAUAUCCGAGAUCAAUAGGGAGAUAUUGGAUGGCUUGUUCUGAGAAAGGGAAAUAUGUUGGUGGUAAAAUCUUGCCAGAUACAAGCUCGGUCGUCACCUUGCUUCCUAAUGUAUUCAUUCUCAUAUCUAGUUUAGUUUUGACUUCGUAUUUUUAAAUUACUGGUUAUAAUUGCCAUCCUAGGAAACCAAGGGGCUCGUAGCCCUUUCGGCUCCUUUCACUUGAGUAACAUCCCCUGGGUUUCCACUGAAAGGAUUCCAACUAUACUGAUUUUUGAAGUGUUUUAGCGCUUUUUAAAUACUUUUAUCGCAAACAUAGAGUCGACGCACUAAAUCCGUGAAAUAAAUUGCAAAAUAGUGUUCUUUAGAGAAUAGGAAACAAAGGAUUUACUAUAAUAUAGAAAUAUUUUGUUAUCUUUUAAGUUUCACAGCUAAAUGUUUAAAUGUGUCGACUCUAUGCGAAUGCAAUGCCACACCAAAUAGCUUUUUUUAGCAAGAACUUUUAUUUUUUUAACCAAUCUGAUAAAAAAAAACUUUUUUCAAAGAGCGGUUAACGUUGUAAAACGACAAGCUCAUCUUUUCGCAGUUGUGAAUAUUUAUGUAGUUACAGCCGAAGUUAAUAUUGAAUAUAUUUAUAAAUUUGUACAAAAUGUUAAGUCAUAUCGUUAUGGAUAUAAUAUUUAUUAUUUUUUUGUAUAUUAUUAGAAUCAUACACGCGAUUCAAAUUUAGUUUCAAAUAAACAUAUUUCAAA